UCGUACGGGGUAGACAGCGUUCCGUAUCGAUGCGCUAUCUUUUCGAAUAAUAUCUUUACUACUUCCUGCAACUUUUUAUUUAUUUUUUCCGUCGUUACUUAUUACAAACGCGGCAGAAUGUCGAACGUGUAAUCCGUGCGAUAAUAUAUCCGUUUGAGUUUUCCUUUGUCCAAAUGACAAAGUAACGCGUCGGUAAUACUGUUCAAAAUAUCGUUCAAUUUCUAUAUUUGUGUCGUGAACGCGUGUGAGUGUUUUGAAGAAGGACUGCAAGAAGGACUGAGAGGAGGAGGAGGCUCGGGAAGAGCAUCGAGCGUCGGCGGAGCAACUUAGUAUCAAUUUGUGAACAACUCCGCUGCUGCGCAUCGUGCCGGUCUGAAUCGUGAGGAAGGACCAGUACUUUCGCUACGCGAUCCUGAGGCGGAUUUCAAGAUGCGACUCGGCGCGCUCUGAAGGUGAUGAGAGCGACACGUUGUGGGGAUUAAAGUUGUUAAAAAAGGCGAGGAAGUGGCGAGGUUCGUAAAAAUCGGCAUCGGGGGCUUACGAUCCGGGCAGCGGUAGUGGUGGCGGAGCGGCAGGGGUACUAUGGGAGCGGGGGUAUGGGGGGCGGAGGAGGGCUACAAGCCACGGACCUCCGGCGAAGGCUCGAGUUCCAGUGUACCGGAGGAACUUGUUCGCAGAGUCUUCGCUCCCUAAGGCACGCUGGCUAUCAUGCUACCGAGGAGAACGCCGCGUGCGACGACGAAGACAGGAGGACUGACCACGAAGCGAUCCUCGCUUCCGGUCAGCCUACCUGCACUGGCUGCCGACCGUUUAGGCGCCAAGAGAACGAAGCGGUUGAGAAAAAGGAGACUCUGAAGCGACGCAUGCCAGAGUCGGAUGGAAUCGGUGCGGUGUACCGGAAGCUGCGGCUUUGUCUGGGCCUUUUCGAGAAUGCGAGUAAGAACGAUGAAACGGAAGACGGAGGAAAGAGGCAUCGGUUACGGUGGUGUCACAGAGACUUCCGACGGAUCGUGGAAGUGGCGACAAGAGCUCUACUCCUUGGUAUCGCGCUCCUCGUCACACCAGGACUCUGUCAACAGGACGCGGUGCACAUUACGGCUAUCCUCGGGGAGAGCGUUGUCUUCAAC